UUUUUUUUUUGUUUUUUGUUUUUAUUACAAAUCAUUGUGCUCCUUAUUAAUGUAAAUACCCCAUCCGUCAUCACUAACAGCAUACACAACACAUACAACAUUUUCCAACAUGUCAAAAAAAUCAUCAAAACCUAAACAAGCCCUUGCUGCUACAACUGCAGCAGUAGGGCUCGUACUUGCAUUGAUCUUCAUGCCACAUGUUGCUGAAGCCCAACAAUCAUCAACUCCACCCGGGACAACAGCACCUACCAACGCUCCUCCUUCUCCCAAUCAACCCUCUCCCGUCAAAAACACUGGUGUCAGCGCACCGACUGCCUUCAUCGGCGUAGCUUCUGCCACUGGUAAUGGCUUUGUAUAUUAUCACGGAGGACAGAUCAACAAAGAUAAAACCGAAUAUUCAAAAGAAUUCAUAGCAUUGGAUGUAACCAGAUCCUGGGAUACUUCUAGUCCUGCAUGGAUAAACUUGACAAUUCCGACAUCCAGCCCAGGAUUUGCAGCCUCGGGUCAUUCUGCCACAAUGUCCAAAGAUCUGUCCACUCUUUUCCUUACUGCGCCAGUAAAUGAUACAUCAGCCCCAUUUCUAUAUCAAUACAAUGUCAAGACAGGGACAUGGUCAUCCAGUCAUGCGCCAGCUGCCCAGUAAGCCGGUAAGCAGGAAAGGCAGUAAGCAGAUAAGCAGGUAAGAAGGG